UAUCUCGCUGUUCUGUUCCUUGAGUGAUGUUACUUCUUCUUGGAGUCUAUUGUUGGUGGUGACCAGGGUUCUUAUAGCUUCGUUGACUUCGUGUACUGAUGCGGCGGUGCUUUGUACCCAGGUGAGUAUGUUGCCUAUGUUGCCCUGGAUGUCGCUCGCUGUGCCGAGUACGACAUUUUCUAGGUGGUCGAAGUGUUGGUGCGGUGUCGGGGUGCUGUCGAAUAGCAGUCUCCUGGCUUCUUGUUCUGUAUUUAGGAGGCUUCCCUCGUCCCCUUCCAGCAUGGAUUCGUCGUCUUCUAAUAGUCGUUGGUCGUUGGUCGCUGGAGUGGGGGAGUCGAUUCUCUUUUCGGGUCUGUUCGUGUUGUCAGUCAUUGCUUUUGUCGGCGAGCGCCUACCUGUAUCGUUCUUUUCUCUUCCUCUCUUCAUCCCUAGUACGCUCUCGUUGAUCUUGGUAGGGGAUUUGGUUAUCAUCGACUUUGCGUGUUCGAGAAAGCUCGUGCUUGGCGUGUUGAAUCUUCUUUGAUCUUUUGAUUUCUGGCCUGCAGGACUUUGCCUGCUGGGGGUACGGCUUCUACUGUGAUUAGCCAUGUUUUUAUUGCCUCAGUACAACUUUUGGCACUCUUUCUCGUCUGUGGAUGCCCUCGAUUUAACCGUGGGAAAACUGGACGAGGUGGAGGCGCGUGUCAUUCAACGCUGCGCCAACUCAACCAUAACCAUGUCCGUUGCUACACCUCGAACGGCAAAUACACCCUUUACGGCGAACUCACAGUUUAUUCAAGCAGGUGAAAUCUACUUCUAUGUCGUUGGUGCACGUACAGCUGAAUGAAUUCUGGAUGUAGACGACGAUGAUGAUCUUGACGAGGAGCACAUCCCCGGUUUCGCUCAUCCAUCCAUGGGACCCCCUUCUCCGCAGCCUGACAAGGGAAAGUCUCGUGAAAGCGAACCAGAACGGCUUGCUCCUCCUUCAGGCAACGGAAGCGCACCGCCAGGACUCUCAGGAAACAUAGGAAGUUCCACCGGCGGAAGUUCGCAGUCGCGAAAUGCGAGGCAGAAUGUUGGAGGAAUUCAUGUGGAAACGCGAUCCACUGUUGCAGACACUCUUGACGAACCAAUUACAACAACAAUUGCUCGCGACCUCCUGUCUAUUUACUCAAAGCUGAUUCAAGUUGUUUAUCCUCGUCGGGCUAGUGGACGCGAAGUUCUGAGGGACUGGGAUCUAUGGGGGCCACUCGUUCUCUGUCUACUUCUCGGUAUCAUGCUGAGCGUUAACGCACCAUCAGAUCAAUCACUCAGUGUGUUCUCCAGUGUCGUAGUGGUAUGCUCUUUGGGUGCAUUGACGGUAACGGUGCAAGCUAAACUUCUCGGUGGAAGGGUAUCCUUCUUCCAAGGUCUUUGCGUUCUCGGGUACUGCAUAGCUCCCCUCGAUAUCGCUGCUCUAGUGUCGUGUUUUGUCCGUAUAAUCUACGUACGAGCCCCCGUCACUCUUUUGGCUUGGGCCUGGUGUAUAUGGGCUGCUGUAAACUUUCUAGACGGAACUCAGAUAGAACAACAACGGAUUCUGAUGGCUGUAUACCCUUUGUUGUUGUUCUACUUUGUCCUGGCAUGGAUGAUACUCAUACAGUAAAGCGUAUUAUGCACAAUGCCAUGUACCAUCUCCUUCAAAAUUGUGCAAUGUACAGCUCCUUUCA